AUGACGGGGGAACAUCAUGACAAGGGCGCUGGCCCCAGCGUGAGGAACGGAACCCACAGCGAAGAGCACCUCCACAACGCUCAACCAUCCUCUUCCGGUCCCAACGGACCUCCACCCCUCAGCUUCAGCUUUGCGCAGCAGGGAUACAAGGCUAGUCCCGUUGCAGAGUUUGCUCGCCACCUCCCCACCCCCAAGCUUCAGCGUCCUCCCGCCUUCCCUCCUGGUACCAGCCAUGUCGGUGGGGGAGGAAACAACCCCAGUCCCCAUGUCCGUUCUGGUGGCAUUCCCACCCAGUCCCCCGCUCCUUACAUGGUCCAGGUCCCCCGUGCCACCGCGUUUGGUGCACAGAAGAGGCGUCUGACAACGGUGCCACAGUCGCCGACGCCACUUUCCGCCAACCCCCGCAAUGGACUCCUCGGCGCGACUCCCAGUCGCCAGCUCCCCCAGUUUGGCGGUCCUCUCUCCAUCAGCCUUCCAUUCCAGGAUGACAUGCCUAUUGAGCACCGCCCUCAGCGUUCACGCACAGCCGGACCUCUGUCGGAGGAGAAUGAUGCUGAGAUGGUGGAAGAGGCGUUCCAGAACGACAACCCCUACCCCCGUCGCCCCAAGACCUCCCCACCUGCUCAUGUCGACGAGGCCGGCAAUGCUCCCGCGGGCGGGGAGUUGGAUUCUAGCAAUUCCAACCGCGGCAUGUGA